AUGGCUGUGAGAAACCAACCGGCAAUGUACGCACCUUCUGACUUCCAGACUAAAAUGACAGACUGCUGCAGCGACAUGAGCGUUUGCCUCUGUGGGUGGUUUUUACUCCCCUGCCUUGGCUGCAGCAUCGCCAGUGACAUGAACGAGUGCUGCCUGUGUGGAUCGACUUUUGCCAUCCGCAGUGUCUACAGGACCAGAUACAACAUCAAUGGCUCGAUGUGUGGAGAUUAUGUGGCGAUGGUGUGCUGUGGGCCGUGCGCCGUCUGCCAGCUGAAGAGAGAUAUCAACCGCAGGAAGGAGCAAGGCAUUUUCUGA